AUGGCUGAAAAGGGACUUGAGGAUGUGCCAGAGGGCCAGAUCGAGUCCAACUAUGACGAGACUAUCGACUCCUUCGACUCCAUGGCCCUGAAGCCAGAACUCCUUCGUGGAGUGUACGCCUACGGCUUCGAGCGCCCCUCGGCCAUCCAGCAGCGCGCCAUCAUGCCCGUUAUUAAGGGCCACGAUGUCAUCGCGCAAGCUCAGUCAGGUACCGGUAAAACGGCUACCUUCUCUAUCUCGGUCCUCCAGAAGCUGGAUCCCAACAUCAAGGCCUGCCAGGCGCUCAUUCUCGCCCCUACCCGAGAGCUCGCCCAGCAGAUCCAGAAGGUUGUUGUCGCCAUCGGUGACUUCAUGAACGUUGAGUGCCACGCCUGCAUUGGCGGAACUAGCGUCCGUGAUGACAUGAAAGCUCUGCAGGAGGGCCCCCAGGUCGUCGUCGGAACCCCGGGACGUGUCCAGGACAUGAUCCAGCGCCGUGUUCUCAAGACCGACCACAUGAAGAUGUUCGUCCUCGACGAGGCCGACGAGAUGUUGUCCCGUGGAUUCACUGAGCAGAUCUACGACAUCUUCCAGCUGCUGCCCCAGUCCACCCAGGUCGUCCUCCUAUCCGCCACCAUGCCUCAGGACGUCCUCGAGGUCACGACUAAGUUCAUGCGCGACCCCGUCCGUAUUCUGGUCAAGAAGGACGAGCUCACCCUCGAGGGUAUUAAGCAGUUCUACAUUGCGGUCGAGAAGGAGGAUUGGAAGCUUGACACCCUUUCUGAUCUGUACGAGACUGUUACCAUCACCCAGGCCGUCAUCUUCUGCAACACCCGAAGGAAGGUCGACUGGCUUACCGACAAGCUCACCGCCCGUGACUUCACCGUCUCCGCCAUGCAUGGUGACAUGGACCAGGCCCAGCGUGAUAUCAUCAUGAAGGAGUUCCGUUCCGGCUCGUCCCGUGUCCUCAUCGCCACGGAUCUUCUUGCCCGUGGUAUCGAUGUCCAGCAGGUCUCCUUAGUCAUCAACUACGAUCUCCCUGCCAACCGCGAGAACUAUAUCCAUCGUAUUGGUCGUGGUGGACGUUUCGGACGAAAGGGUGUCGCCAUCAACUUCGUCACUGCUGAUGAUGUCCGCAUGAUGCGCGAGAUUGAGCAAUUCUACAGCACCCAGAUUGAGGAAAUGCCCAUGAACGUGGCCGACCUCAUCUAG